GCUCCCGCGGCGGCGGCGCCAGCGGCACCGGCCGAGCCAGGGCGGCGCGGGGGCGGCGGCGGGGGCGGCGGCGAGUGGUGGCGCCGGCAGCUCCCCUCGCGGACGCGCCAACGUCAACCACGUGGUCGACGCGCGUGUUGGCGGCAGGCGCGCGACGCUCUGUUGGAUGCAGGGCUGGACCGCGCGCCGCUGCCUGACGUCUGCGAAACGUUCUCGCAGCCGAUGGCGCGCGGGCUGGUGGUGGUGCGCGGGGCGGUGGAGGCGCGCGCCGGGUGGGUGUCGCAGCUGUCGUCGGUGCACCGCACGGGGGACGCCACCCUGGAGCGCGCGCCCGGCGGCGGCGCCACGCUCACCGCCUCCCUCGGCCUCGCCAACCUCUCCGCGGGCUACGACGCCUGCGAGGUCAGUGACCCCACCAGCGCACCACAACACACGCGAAACUACUCCUACGCCCUUAAACGCUUCUUCCUAUUCUACAAAACAACGAAUUUCUACAACGUCUAUUACACUCAUCUGGAGGUUUAUGUUCUUAAGAACACCUCCGUAGCAUGGGUUAUCAGAAAAGUUCACAAUCUCGAAAUCGUAUCUUGA